UAUAUCGCCCCUCCCACCCUUUGUCACAUACGCACGUACAGCUCGAAUGGUUUACUAGGUCGAGAUGUUCAAGAAUCUGAAGAAGGAGCUGUCCGCGGACACUCACGCGGACACCAAGAAGAAACGUGGCUCCAAACAACGCUCUAGCAAAAGCAGGCCUUCUGCAUCACGCGUUACGAGCGCAUCUAAUGCAGUAGCCACUACCGCAGCCACACCGUCGGACACGGACAGUAUCAGCAGUACGCGUGGUAGUAUAGAUGCAUUGCAACCUGUUGCGUCAGAUGUGAAUGUACUUAGCACACUUACGGAUGUGAAUCGAAUCGAUCCUACGCUGCCCGACCCGGAUGAGGACGAUUCUGAUCCGUUCGCAGAGUUUGCGGAGGAUGCAUCCGCUCAGAAACCCACACAAUCCUCUGCAUGCAGCGGUGGCACCCCCACACGACACAGGGAGCCUGAUUUGUUGGGGAUCAGUGACGAUCUCACGAGUAUGUCAACAGGACAUAGUGCGCUUGGGGAUACAUCAGGUGAUGCAGAUGCUAAGACACACAUGAGUGCAAUACCCCAUACGCCCGACUCUACUAUGAAUACCGACCCAUUUGGGUUUGACCUACCGGCCAGCCAUAGCCCUGUACCGGCGCAGCACGGCAGCGGUUUGUUCGCAGAGAGUGCAGGUGAUGCGCUUGAUCCUCUGGGGUUGAACCAGUUUGAUGACUGGAAGGGAAGUGGCUUUGUAGGUGCUGGUCCCUCUGGGGCCACUUCACAGUACAAGCACUCGGGGAUGGCUGAUCUGUUGGGUUCGCCUAUUUCCAGUACCAAGGACGUUGGUGGUGUUGGUAUUACCACAGGUAGUUCCUGGGACGCGUUCGCAGCACCACACACAAGCACAGAUGCGACGCCAAAUAAGCCCACGCCAAAUAAGACUUAUAACACCACAGAGAGUAUGUGGGCCGGGAGCGCGCACCCCAAAAGCACCGCCCUGGACAGGCAGACCAGUGCCGCGGCUGCGUUCGAUGUGAAUGCCACUCUGAGCAGUAGUGAGAUGAGGGAUCUGUGGGGCUUUGUGGAUGCACCACUGGAUGGAUCAAAAGCAUUGGAGAAUGAGGAGGCGAAGGCUGCAGGGACUACAGAGGUGGUACAUCAGGAAGAUCAGACCGAUACAGUACAUCAGGAAGAUCAGACGGAUACAGUACAUGAGCAGGGUGUGGAGAGCGAUGAUGAAAGGGCGGUACAAACGAACACUGUGGAAAGCUACGAGGCGCCUCACGCCGACGGAUUUGAGCUUGGGAAGGAGGAUGGGGAUGAAAAUACGGUACAAACAGACGAUGUGGAUGAAAGUACAGUACAAACGGCCGCUGCGGACAGCUACGAAACCUCUAACGGCGAUGUUCGCGAAAAUGUAGAGAAGGGUGUGGAGGAAGGUACGGAUCAGGUACGGAUCAGGGACACAGACGAUGCUACUGGAGAUAAUGUUGGAGUUGUUAGUGGAAACAGUUUUGUUGAAUGUGGAGUGAGCAACCAGGAUAACGAUACAACCAGCGAGGAACCGGUGGAGGUCCCCAUGGGCGUUGAUGAACAAAUAGGAACGCCGGAAGAGCAACUGGGGAGCAUAUCUGAGCAAGUGAAGAGUACAGAGGAGCAUUCAGAAGAGCAAGUGGAGCAGAAUGAUAGUGUACAUGACCAACCUGGUGGCAUGGUGGAGCACGCAGAAAGCUUGGGUGGGCAGACGGAGGACACACAGGAGUUCGCAGAGGGCACGGAUGAGCACACACAGAGCAAUGAAGGUAUACACGAGCAUACAGAGAGCAUGGACGAACACACACGCAGCUUGCAAACGCACACAGACGACAUGAACGAGCACAAGGGGAGUAUGACAGAGCACUCAGAGCGUAUGGAGGAGCACACGGGGUGUAUGGAAGAGCAUACUGAAGAAAUGGAAGAACGGAGGGCCGACAAUGCCGACCAACGCGAUGAUCACUCUUCAGCGCAUUACGCGGAGCUGCGUAAGGAGAUGGACGAGAUCAACGAGGAUGUGCGAAGUGUGCAACAGAACAUCACCGACACAGCCGUGGGUGUGGUGUUAUCCGCUGCACGCGUAGACCAAGCAGCUGACCUUGUGGACGCGACGGCUGAAGUGGUCGCUGAGACCAGCGGCCACGUGGACACACUCGCCGAUGAGGUACACGACGACGCAGAGGCCGUCCAGGACAGUGUGUGGGGUGUACGCGAGGAAGCGGAGCACGUGCACGAGGACGCGGAGAACGUGCAUGCCGAAGCUCGGGAUGUGGCGAGGCUGGCCCUGGACGUAUCCCGAAAGGCAGGGGUCGCCGAAGAGUGUGCGCAUUCGGUAGAGGGCUCGAUGGUUUCCAUGGAGGAGGCUGUGCAGCAGGUGGAAGAAACGGCCCAGAGUGUGGACGAUACAGCGACAGAGAUGCGAGGCCUGGCCGAGAGUGUGGAGGUGCGUGCAGAGGGGGUGGAGCUGCAGGCAGAUCAUAUGACGGUCAUGUGCGAGAGCAUGCAGCACUCGGUGCAGAGGUGUGAGGAGGCCGCUCAGUGUGCCGAGGAGACGGCGUCGGUGGCGGAUGAGACGGUGCGUGUCAUCACAGACAAUGCGCAGGGUCAGCCGGGACGGUCAGACAGUGCUGUGUUUGGCGAGGGUGAGCUCACCAGCGACAGUGGAAGCGCGGCCGAAUGGGUGGAGAAUGCCACAGAUAAUGGGGUGGAUGGGGCGAGAGAUGCGGUUCAGGAGUCUCGGGUGGGUGCUUUGCCUGAUGAUGUGGAGGUGAACGGCGGUGGUGGGUUGGUGCUGGCAGACGAGGAGUGUCCUGUCGAUACGGCUCUGGCUGAGGGGAAAGCUGUGGAUCUAGGUGGGGAACCCAAUCCGGAUGCGUGUGUUGGGGCUGGCCCCAGUACCGAAGAUGUAGAUAAGGGUACUGAUACGGACAAUGAGGAUACAAUCCCUGGUGAUGGAGUGGGAUGGGCCGCAUCAUCGACCGAUACGAAUGCGCCUGAGGUGUCUGGGGACGUUGUUGCCGAAGAGACGGACACACAGACAGGCCAUGAACCCAGCAAUACAAGUGCAAGUGCCAGUGAGAGCAGCGACGCAGCCAACGAAACCAGCGACAUACAGAGAGCUGUCGAGCGUGUGGUAAGUGGAGCUGUAGCGGACGCUCUGCUUGAAGUGAGCAUUCGCAACGGUGGUGAGGGGGAGGCGUAUGCAACAGAGGGGUGUGGUGACAUGGGUGAUAUGCCGGCGGCCGUGCACAGUGUACUGGGCGUGGGUAAGAUGGUGGAUACGGAGUUGGACGUCACACUGAAUGCGCACGUGCAUAUGCACCCGCAUGCAGAUAAGGACAAGGCUCAGGAUGACUCUGGCGACGCGGAGACAGCAACAGGCUCUGAAGACGCGUUGGAGACUAUCCAGGAUUCACAGGCCGUACAAGACACACAAGACACACAUGCGACCGUUGACAGUGAGCUGGGUGUGGGUGAGGUGGUAGACACGGAGUUAGACGUAACCUUAAACGAGAACGUGCAUAUACAUGUACAUUCAGUCGACGCCCACAGCGACACGGAGCACGCGGACAUAGAAACACGCCCGCACGAGACGUUGGAGAAAGCUCAGGAGGCUAUAGCUCAAGAGGCUAUGGCUGUGGCCACAGAGAGUGAGUUCGCAAUGGAGAUGGGGGCGAGCGACGGGUUGAACAUGGUGGACGACGCAACGCAGGCAGUCGUCGGCGCGACGGAGGAGGUGGUGGGCAGUCCGGAUGUUAUCGAUGUGAGCGAUGGGCCGGAUGUUGCUGGGGGUGAUAUCGGUGAGGAAAGUUCGGUACAUAAACAGGAGGAGGGGCUGAGUCAGGUCGGAGGGGAUACGGAUAGUAUCGGUGUUUCAGAGGCUACGGAUAACAUUGGUGCUUCAGAGGCUACGGAUAACAUUGGUGUUUCAGAGGCUACGGAUAACAUUGGUGUUUCAGAGGCUACGGAUAACAUUGAUGUUUUAGAGGCUACGGAUAGUAUUGAUGUUGGAGAGGCUAUGGAUAGUAUUGAUGUCGCAGGCGAUGGUGACGCUGGCGAUGCUAGUAGCCAUGGAGGGGACGAGAACACCCCAGGCGUGAGUGGAGGUGGCGGGCCAUGUGAUCCUCAUGACGGUGCGGGUGAUUCUGGCUCUGGUGAGGCCGGCAGUAGUGAUCAGAGUCCUAGGGUCGGGAGUAUAGGUGCUUCAGACAAUGCAGAGGACGGUGGCGGUUCUAUUGAUGGAAUUGACGUGGAUGAACCAGCGUCUGGUCAUACUGAGUCGGAGAGUGGGGAUGCAGGCCUGGAGGGGGUUACAGGUGAGAAUGCCACAGAUUUUGUAGAGGGUAAGGGCGAAGGAAAUGAGUUUGCUGAUAAUGGUGGUAUUGAAGUAGCUAGCCUCCUGCUCGAAGCUAGUAGUGAAGUGGGUGACACAGACGACAACACUAGUCAACCGGAGGAGACAGAGGCCAAUGGCUCACCGGUGGUUGCUGCAGGUGUUGCUGAGUCUGAUGGUUGUGAAGCGAACGCCAGCGCUGAACUGUCCACUGCGAGAGAAGAGCUGGCCACCGCGCAGGAGCAGCUAGCACAAUCGAAUCAAGAUUUAAUGGGGAUUAAGGCCCAGUUGAUGGCCUAUAAGAAAAACGACCGUGCACUAAAGGACAAGUUAGAGGCCACGGAGGCAAUGAACGUCUCCAUCAAAACCCAACUGAGACAAACCCUGGACCGACUCGACACAGAAAAGGUGCACCGCGAAAAUGUACAGGUGGCUGCAUCCGAACUAACACAGGAGGUGGAAGGCCUGAAAAGUAGGGUGAAGCACCUCGACACGACGGAACGACAAUUGCUGACCACAGAGCAACAGCUGUCUGAUGCGCAGGAGCUCAACUCUGAGCUCAAGGGCAUCCUGGAAAGCCAACAAAGAGAAGUCACAGACAUGCAGAGUGUAUCUCUGCUGCUGGGGCAGGACAUGGACGCGCUCAAGGCUGCUCUCGCUCAAUCAAAUAAGCUGAAUGACGCUGCGGAGCAGGAGAAGAAUGCCCUAAAAAGAGAGCUACAGGAGAGUAAUAGCAAGGUCAACAACUACGAAAGCGUAUGCCAGUCGCAAACAGCGGAGAUCCAAAUGCUCAGAGAGACUAUUGAGAAGAGCAACAAGGAGAAGGACACACUGCAGCAGCAGAUAGGCGUGUUGGAGGGGCGUGCGGAGACGUGGGAGGAGCGCUACACGAGGUGUGUGUUAGAGGACGUGCUUGUUAUGUAG